AACACAACCUCAGAAACAAGAGAACAAGAGACAGGGGGGCCUAACAUUAUUCAUAUUUCAUCCCUCCUGUCUUGAUUUCUCCGUUAUAAACAUGAUGAUGAUAGAUACCCAAUUCCCCUUGUUUAAUUAAUUGGGUCUUGUCUAAACUAAAAUAACAAGCCCAAGAAGAAGAAGAAACAAGCAAUGGAGAGCAUUUUAGCAGGAUGGCAGGUGACAAUUUUGUGUGGAAUUGCUUGUUGGAUAUAUGCUUCUUCUUUUCUUCAUCUUACGCAAAAGCUUCGAUCUUUAACACAACCUUGGGUUUUAGCCCGUGUACGCUCUGAUAUCCCCAUCAUUCUUGCCAUUCAGAGGUACCAAAAUGGAGCUCUGGAUGCUUUUUUCUCUGCCUUGUCUUGUUUUGUUUCUGUGCCUUUCUACACUGCUUUUCUUCCCUUACUCUUCUGGAGUGGACAUGGCAAAUUGGCUAGACAGAUGACACUUCUGAUGGCUUUUUGUGAUUACAUGGGAAAUUGUGUGAAGGAUUUAGUGUCAGCUCCUAGGCCAGAAUCUCCUCCUGUCAGAAGAGUAACGGCCACUGAAGAUGAGAAGGAAAAUGCAUUAGAAUAUGGAUUGCCUUCAUCGCACACUCUUAACACAGUCUGCUUAUCAGGGUAUCUAUUGCAUUAUGUUUUAUCAUACAUUCAGUGUAAAGAUGCUUCCAUCCAAAUUGCUGGUUUUGCAAUUGUUUUCUUGCUUGUUGGCCUCAUUGGCUGUGGAAGAAUCUACCUGGGGAUGCACAGCUUAAUCGAUGUUAUAGGCGGUCUUGGUUUUGGAUUGACAAUACUCACAUUUUGGCUUCUUGUUCAUGAAUACAUUGAUAGUUUUGUAGUUUCAGGACACAACGUCACAUCAUUUUGGUCUGCACUUACUUUCUUGUUGCUCUUUGCGUAUCCGAAACCUGAGAAUCCAACCCCCAGUUUUGAGUAUCAUACAGCAUUCAGUGGAGUGGCCUUGGGAAUUGUAGCUGGGGUCCAACAAACUUACCAUCAGUUUCACCACGAAAGUGUUCCACGCAUCUUUACCUCCCAGCUCUCAAUACCUUUGUAUGCGGGCAGAGUAGUUGUGGGUAUCUCUACUAUACUACUUGUCAAGUUCUGUAGCAAGACUAUAGCAAAAUGGACUCUUCCUAUAUCAGCAAAUGCCUUGGGCAUCCCAAUUCGAUCAACUAACUACAUCCCAGCUCUAGUUUAUUCACCAACAGGUAAAAAGCCUGCUGAAGCAAAACAGACAGGUUAUCUUCAAAAGCUUUUAUUUUUCGUCAAUCAGGAUUCAUUUGAUGUAGACACUGGUAUUAGACUCGUUCAAUAUGCUGGCCUUGCCUGGUCUGUGGUAGAUCUUGUUCCCUCCCUUUUCUCUCACCUAAGGUUGUAAUAGUUUAGGUAGUUAACUAGUUUUCUACUAUUUUGCUUGGUAGUUGGUAUAAUUAUGUCAACUUUCGAUUAUUGUAUUUGCUAGCAAACCUCUUUAGCUUGUAUAUAGUUUCGGUAUUUCUUACACAUAGAUGAGAAAAUGACAGUUUACGCUUCCUA